AUGAACAUUAGCAACCAUCAUCACUCCUCUUCUUCUUCUCCACAAGCCUCAUCACUCGCCAAAGAUGAAUUGUUACAACUCCGAUCGAAAUACAAAUUCAAAGUUUUGAGUGAGAAGGGAAAAUGGCCCUUACAAUUCUCUCUAUUACACAUUCCAGAUAUUGAUAUUAAAAUAGAUCCAUCGAUGGAUGGCUUAAUAUUUGUAUUUGAAAUCACUGAAAUGUAUCCAACGAAAUCGGACUUUGACUCUUGUAAAUUGAUAAGAAUUGAAAAUUAUACACCAACUGAAAAAUCACCCAAAUUAGCUCCGGUGAUGCUCCAGAACAUGAUUCAGACAUGUCAAAAACAACUCACAAAAAUUAUUAUUUCGAAUACCAGUGAAAUGAUCACCAAGUUUAUGAAUUGGGAAAAUGCGAACAUUACGACCAUUAUUUUGAAUGGAAAUAUGGAAUAUUUUACUUCCUAUUUAGCGGAAGGUAUGCAUGGCAUAUCAGAAAGAAGAUAUCAAAUAGAUUUUAGUAAAUAUCCAAAAGAGAGCAUCAACUCAGAAGAUCAAGAUGAUGAAAUACCAGAAUUAGACUUUUAUUCAUUGGAUUAUCCUCCACCUGAAUUAUUAGAAUCUAACAGCUCCGAUACUUUAUUGUUAUUACCAGCCGGAUGUGAGCUUAAAAACGCUUCUAUUUUUGAAAUGAAACAAUUAAGCUUCAUUGUCAAAUGCGACCGAUGCCAAAACGAUUGUGAAAUGAGAGAAUUAAAAGCUGGACAAGGUGUUGAAAAAUCAUGCCCAAAAUGUGCAAAAACGUUGUCCGUCUGUAUGAAACCAUUUGGAAUGACAGAAUCAAGUCUUUCUACUGAGGGUAAAAAAGGGAAUGAGAUUCAAGCAGGAUGUCCUUUUGUCUAUUUGGAAACAACAAAUUGCACAUUUUUGGAUAUCAUCCCUAAAGGAAAUAUUUUGGAAGUGUUGUGUUUUAAUUGUAGUCAUGGAAAUCAAAUGAAAAAUUUGAAAAUUAAGAGUCCCAAUGAAAUGCAUUGUGCCUAUUGUCAUCAUUUGAUUUCCAUUCAAUUACUUCAAAUUCAAAAGAAAACUGUUGGAGAAUAUCUUGCCAUGAUCACUCACAAUGCUGGACAAAAGUAUGACGACGAUUCCAAAUCAAGUGCAGUCGUCAAGAAAAAGAAACACAAAGCUUUGAAAGGCAUUCAUCCAGGUGCUCCUCUGCCAUUGUUUGGAACGUGUGAACAUUACAAAAAUUCAAAGAGAUGGUUUCGAUUUGACUGUUGUGGAAGAGCCUAUCCAUGUGACAUUUGUCAUGAAAAGGAAUGUGAGGCAGCUGUAUCAGAGCAAAUGGCCAAAAAGAUGAUUUGUGGUUAUUGUUCUCAUGAACAAGGUUUAUCUGAAACUUGUCACUUUUGUAAGAAGAAUCUCAUUAAGAAGAUUACAGAUAAGAGUAGUGCGGGAGGAAGUAGUUCUUUUAAGAAAAAGUAA